CACAGGACUGAAUGCUUCACUGCACACAUCACCGAAGCCCCUCCAACCCCCCUUCACGCUGGACCAGCCCGUCCGUGAGAGGCUCACUAAAAUUAUUUCUCUCUCCGUCUUUAAGGAUUCAGUAAAACACAUCUGAAGUCUGUGGGAUGCCGUCUCUCGGAAUUAAUUCUCGGUGACACCUCGGAUCUGGACCCUCUCAUCGUCUCGAAGGAGUGCCUUAUGCGGUAACCAUGACAACAUCACCGCCAGAGACCAAACGACUGUCCCUCGCAGGAAUUAUCAUAUACCUUGUCUUGCUAGAUCUGGUCGCAUCACAGACUCUAUCAUUCUCAGCGACCUCUGACCCCGAGCCGGUGCCCUCUCUGUCUGAAGAGUGUCGGAGAAAAAUGCACCCGGUUACCUCUUACACAGCUCUGAGCCCGUGGAUGUUUUCCUUCUCCCUACCUGGAGUGAACGAUUACUCGCCCCUCACACUUGACCUCAUCAGAAACCAGCUGAUAGUGGGAGCCAGAAACCAUCUCUUCAGGCUGAGUCUGAGCAAUGUCUCUCUCCUGCAGGCCACUGAGUGGAGUGUUGAUGAGACUACCAGGAGAUCCUGCCAGAGCAAAGGAAAGACUGAGGAUGAGUGUCAGAAUUACGUCCGUGUCCUUCUGCUGAACGGCGGCCGUUUGUUCACCUGCGGAACAAACGCUUUUAUGCCCGUCUGUACGACUCGCUCCGUCACUGACAUCUCAAGCGUUUUGGAUUCUGUCAGCGGAGUUGCUCGUUGUCCCUAUGACCCACGGCACAACUCUACAGCUAUGAUAACUCAGAGUGGAGAGGUCUACGCGGCCACAGUGACCGAUUUCUCCAGCCGGGAUCCCAUUAUUUACCGCAGUCUGGGGAAUAUGCCUCCGCUGCGGACCGCCCAGUACAACUCCAAAUGGCUUAAUGAGCCUCAUUUUGUCUCAGCAUACGACGUGGGCCGCUUCACCUACUUCUUCCUCAGGGAGAACGCAGUAGAACAGGAUUGUGGGAAGACUGUGUUCUCUCGCGUGGCCCGCGUGUGUCAGAAUGAUGUCGGAGGGCGUUUCCUACUUGAGGACACCUGGACCACCUUCAUGAAGGCCCGACUGAACUGUUCUCGCUCUGGAGACGUUCCCUUCUACUACCAUGAGCUUCAGAGUACGUUCUACCUGCCCGAACAGGACCUCAUCUAUGGAGUCUUUACCACCAACAUAAACAGCAUUGCUGCGUCAGCUGUGUGUGCGUUUAACCUCAGCUCCAUCACUCAUGCCUUUAACGGACCCUUCCGUUAUCAGGAGAACCCACGGACCAGCUGGCUUUCCACUCCUAACCCCGUCCCAAACUUUCAGUGCGGGACAGUGAACGAUUCGGGUCCGGGUAGUAAUCUAACAGAACGUAGUCUUCAGGAUGCUCAGCGGCUCUUCCUCAUGAGUGAGGUGGUUCAACCCGUUUCCACGGAUCCUCUGGUGAUGCAAGACAACAUCCGUUUCUCCAGAUUGGCUGUUGACAUCGUGCAGGGGAGGGACACGCUAUAUCACAUCAUGUAUAUCGGCACAGAACACGGCACCAUCAUCAAAGCCCUCUCCACGACCAAUAAGAGUCUACGCGGAUGUUACCUGGAAGAGAUGAACAUCCUCCCGGAAGGUGUGCGGGAGCCGAUCCUGAACCUGCAGAUCCUUCAGAGCGACAGGUCUCUGUUCGUAGGGCUUCACAGCAGGGUGCUGAAAAUUCCCCUGGAGAGAUGCACCAACUACAAAAGCCAAGAAGACUGUCUGGGUGCCAGAGAUCCAUACUGCGGAUGGGACAGAAAAGAGAAACGAUGUUCGACCAUCGAGGACAGUUCCAACAUGAGUCAAUGGAGCCAGAACAUUACAAAGUGCCCAGAACGGAACCUCACGCAAGACGGUGACUUUGGCCAUUGGUCAUCCUGGCAGCCUUGUAACCAUGACGACGGAGGGAAGAGCACAAGUACUUGUCAGUGUCGCACUCGUUCCUGUGAUAAUCCACCACCGCAGUGCGGGGGGCAAAAAUGUGUCGGGGCAAACAUAGAGGUGGCCAACUGUUCCAGAAAUGGAGGUUGGACUCCGUGGUCCUCCUGGGCCGAGUGCAGCACCAGCUGUGGCAUCGGCUUCGAGGUUCGACAGCGGUCCUGUAACAAUCCAGCACCCCGACACGGAGGGCGAGUGUGUGUGGGCCAGGCCAGAGAGGAAAGAUUGUGUAAUGAGAAAAACCUCUGUCCUGUUCCUGUGUCCUGGGUCUCGUGGAGUGCCUGGUCCAAGUGUAGCGUCGCCUGCGGAGGUGGAAUCCAAUCCAGGGUUCGCACCUGUGAGAACGGAAACACCUGUCCCGGAUGCCCGCUGGAGUACAAGGCGUGUAAUUUGGAUGCGUGUGCAGAGGUCAGGCGGAACACUCCUUGGACUCCUUGGUACGCUGUUAAUGUGACCCAGACAGGGGCGAGACAGGAGCAGAGGGUCAGGUACACCUGCAGGGCCCUGCUCGUGGACCCUCACGACCUCCAGCUCGGCAAACGCAAGACAGAGACGCGCGUUUGCCCCCCUUCUGACGGUGCCUCCGUAUGCGAGACUGAUGGUCUGGUCGAGGACUUGCUGCGAAUGGCUCGACCGGUCACACGAGUGCAAGGAGCCACGUGGUCGCCGUGGGAAACGUGGUCCACGUGUUCUAAACAGUGUUCCAAAGGUUUCCGCACGCGCAAGCGUUCAUGUGCCACGCCCGAUGGGAGGAGCACUCCGUUUGCCUGCAGCGGAUCGCCCGCCGAAUAUCAGGACUGCAACAUUCAGCCCUGUCCAGUGAAGGGUGCAUGGUCAUGCUGGUCCUCCUGGUCUCAGUGUUCCACUUCCUGUGGUGGCGGUCACUAUCAGCGUACACGGACCUGCUCUGACCCCGCCCCUGCUCAUUCGGGUGAUAUCUGCAUCGGUCUGCACACAGAGGAAGCUUUGUGCAACACACACGAGUGUGAAGGUGGUUGGGGGGUGUGGUCAGAGUGGGCGGAGUGUAACGAGGAAGGGCUAAAACUUCGUAGUCGCGUGUGUGAAAUAAGCCCCGCCUCUUGUCAAGGAAACCGCACAGAACAGAGCGCGUGUCGGCCCAAUGAGAGCUCAGUGUUUUCAGGAAAGAAAAGGAACACAAACUGUGGAGGUUUCUCUCUCUUCCACAUGGUGUUGACGGGCGUCUGCUGUUUUUUGGGAGCGGUUUUGCUAUCUGUUCUGGUGUACGUGUACUGCCAGAAGCUCCGCAAACCUCCUCAGGAAUCAGCAGUAAUCCAUCCCAGCACCCCCAACCAUCUGCACUAUAAAGACAACAGUUGUGCACCCAGGAACGACUUGUACACGCCAAUGGAGUUUAAGACCCUGAAUAAGAAUAACCUGCUUCCACCAGAAGAAAGCUGCAAUUUCUUCCCUUCGCCCAUGCCGCAGACGAACGUCUACGCCACCACGUAUUACCCCACCCCUCUGGGCAAAUACGACUACCCAUCGCUGGAUUCUCCCUGCAGUUACAUGCACAGCUGAUGGACACACUCGCAAAUAUCUCGUCUUUAAUGCGUAUGUGUGUGACCGUGGUUACACAUCUGUAUCUUACCAUGCAGAUGCAUUUGAAUACGCAGGGAUAUACAGUACAGGAAAGCCGAGCGUGCGACCUGGGUAAACGCAAAGUGACGUUCAGACCUGAAAUAGAAUUGACAAAAAAACGAUUGAGGAAAACAGUUUCAGAUGGAAAGUCACAGGUUUUAAUGCUCGAUACAAAAACACUGAGGAAUCGGUGGAGGAUCGAUGCAUGGACAUGCUACAUGUACGCGCUGGCAUCUUUAGAUACUUCAGUUUAAGAAAGCAAGUGUAACAGCAGAACUUGUUUGAGUUUUUCAAAUGGGAAGUUUCUGGAACAAUUGUGAUGUCUCACAACCUGAACACGUUUCUCUUGUUUUCCUCUGGUUUAUUUGCUUUUAUCUGAAUUAUUGGUCAUGUGAAUGGUUUACGUCACGCCAGCAGAAACUGAACGAAACAAACAAAACUGAGCAGGUACAGGAUAGAGGAGUUAUCCCAGGAGUUAUGAAAAUGGACGAUAUCUUUAAUGUGGCUCUAUGCCUCACGCCAUUUUGAGACUGGCUUUUAAACUUCAAAACUUUUUAUAUAAACUUUCACAUGAAAAGAAAUAUUCUGUCACUUACUUUUAUGGGAAUGUAUGAACUGACAGAACAUACAAUGACUGGGGCCUAUCAAAAAGAAAAAAAAAGUGCAUAAAAAAGUCCAUGACUUAAAUUGUCAUCAGAGUUGAACUUGACAUGUUCUCGAUGCACAGAUGCAUGAAUGAGAUUUAAGCUACACAAGAAGGGAACCGUUUCAAUUACUAAUAGGUCUGUUCCUCGCAUGCGCUUUCAUAUUGUACAUUCUGAAUAUCACUGCUGUCCUUCUGAAACCCCUCCAUAUUUCAUGAUUUUUUUGCCAUAAAUCAGUAUUGUUAGUCACUAGGUUUUGCAAAUAUUAACCAACAAAAAGUUUAAAAAGUACUCAAUUAAAUUAAAACUUUUAAAACUUUUCAAUUAAAAAGUGCCUGUCAACUUUGACAACACAGUAUGUAUUUAUAUUCCAUUUACUGAAAAACUGCGAAUUUGGACAUAAGAGGUUUCAGAAGGACAGCAACUAUAUAUGAAGAGCUCUUUUCCAAAACGCUACAAAUCCAUCCUAUUUUUCAAAAAAAUGUUGGUUUAUUUCUUUUUAAAAACAAACAAACAAAAGAACAUGAAACAUAUGACAUCAGGGACUCACAUUAAUAUAAAUCAAAUAAAUGCAAAUACAUGAAAUAAAUAACAGCCAAAUAAAAUGAAUAGUAACAAAGUUAAUAGUAAAAUAAAAUAAAUAUUUUCAAUUUCAUGUUUCAAUAUUUUCCACCACAUACAACAAAUAAUUUAGAAAUAACACAUACAAAUACCACUUACGAGCGAAUUCUGAUUGGUCGAGAGGACAGUUAGGCUAAAAACAGGCGUUUUGGAAAGAAACUGCAUCUUGCAGUACAUUUUAAACAAGGAAAUAUAGCGAUUUGGCAUGAAACAUUGAUGGAGCAGUGAAUAGGUUUAGUACACAGCAAAAUGGCAUGACAAACUCAUUUUUAUUAAAUUUGGAGUUUAAUGCGUUUUAGAAAUGAGCUCUUCAUAUGAUAUUCUAAUGUAUAGUACACAUGAACUAUUUCAACUUUAUGUGUGUUUUUGUAGUUCACUGAAGGACGUUCCCAAUUAAGGAGUAAAAUCAUUUUUAACAUCUUUAAUUAAAGUGAUGAUAACUGGAGAUUGAUGCUAUGAAACAAUGAUGUGUUCGUUUUAUUGAACCUAAAGGGAUCAUUGUUUUUAUGUAUAUUUGUAGUUAGUGUUAUAUAUUUAUGAGCAAAUCAUCAUUUUUUACCGGAAUCUGAUUUUUUGAUGUCCUGCUAGUGAACCACAACAUGAGACAAAAUGCAAUUUCUCUCGUGUUUAUGAAGACUUUACACUCCACUUUAUGACAGUUAUAUUUUGCCCUGCGGCUUCUAUGUGAACAGCCAUCGUGUGUAUACAUUUUAUAAGAAGAAUUAUUUUUAUUUUCUUCGUAAUUUUCUCUUUAUGUUUAUGAUGGCAUUAUAUUUUGAGGGUACAUGAGCAGGUGGUCUGAAUGCAGUGGAUGAUGUUUGAACUGCUCACUGAUGUUGCAUGGAUCAUGAAGCAUUAUUAUUAUGCAGAUGGUUUCUAUGCAAUUAAAAAGAAAAUGUGCAUCACACGAUCACUUCCUUUCACACUGUGAAACUUUGCUAUGCUUUUGUAUGUUGUACAUUGUAAAAAUAAAUAUCCAAUGUAAAAUUU